UCCAAUCCAGACAAAGGGAGCGGACGACAGCUCAGCGGAGGCGCGCACUCAGCAUCCCCACCUUGGAGACGCCGGGCUUUGAUCCGACGCGCAAAAACGCACAGGCACAGUGACCCAGACGCAUCUCCCGGUUCAUUCCGUAACCUCCAAGCUAGGUAAUUAGCCUUUUUUGAGGCCGAAAUAAAGGAGUCCGGACCCCGGUUCAGUCGCAGCCAGAACACCGUGUUCCCAUGAUGUCAUACCUGUGGAUUCUGCUAAUAGGGAGCCUGCUGGCCACAAGCACCAAGGCACAAGAGGAAACUGAGCCACCAGCAGCAGACAAUGAUGCCCCUUCUGCUCCAGAAGACGCAGACGCCGCGCAGGAGGCACCGGAGACAAGCCCAACACAAGAUCCUGGCAACGAAUCUGAUUCUGAAGCAGAGGGAACACCAACAACAGAGCCACAGUCUGAGUCUACGACUUCUGAGCCAGAAGAGGCGAACACCCCUGAGCCAACGUCCGCUUCAGACACAGAGAAAGACACAGGGGCGGGGACACCUGCACCAGAACCAGCAGGAACAACACCUGCUCCCGAGGCCACAGAGACUCCACCAGCACCUGCAGAGGAGCAGCCUGCCUCAGAAGCUGAAGCUACUGACGCACCUCCUCAGGAAACAGAAGAGCCUCCAGCUGCAGGAGAGGAUACAUCAGAUCCAAAACAAGAAAUGACUACUUCCCCACAAGCUGCUGAGCCAGGAAACCCAGCUACUCCGCCUCCAGCAGCCGCUGAUCCAGAAAACCCAGCUACUCUGCCUCCAAAAGUCUGA